AUGGCUUUGAACACAGAUUUUAACGCGCUGAAAGCGCGGACCAUGGGGUCUGGGGCGGAUGAAGAAGCAGUGACGGUUGAUACUCGAGGCUUAAUCUCUAAAGUUCUUGCUCGAUAUUCCGGGAAAUGGACGGUUUUGCGCGAGAUGAUUCAGAACGCAGCCGAUGCUUCUGCAACCAAAGUGACUAUUAAAUUCGAGACACUACCUUCCACAACAAUACCGUCCCCAUCGUCGACGGAUCCAACAGAUCUCUUGAAGCACACUAUCUCGAACCAUACCCUCAGUCGUCUGUUGAUCUCAAACAAUGGUCUCCCUUUCAGCGAAAAGGACUGGGCUAGGUUGAAGCGCAUCGCCGAUGGAAACCCGGACGAGACAAAGAUUGGUGCAUUCGGUGUUGGCUUCUACAGUGUAUUUGAUGACUGCGAGGAGCCAUUUGUAUCAUCGGGGAGCCAGGCUAUGGCUUUUUACUGGAAAGGCAAUGCGUUGUUUACUCGUCGGUUAGACUUGGGUGAAACUUCAAACCGAGACACAACCUUCGUGCUGGAUUACCGCAACGACUCCUCUCCAGUUCCAUCUUUGAUGCAGCUGUGCCAGUUCUUGUCCAGCAGUUUGACGUUCGUUGCGUUAGAAGAGAUAGAAUUGUGGCUGGAUGAUUGGAACUUGCUACGACUGUCGAAGAAGACAGCACCUGGCGUCACUGUGCCCAUUCCCAAAGACGUUGAAACAAAAACCGCUGAAGGUCUCAUGAAAGUGACCAGCAUCACCCAGGAGAUCGCACAAGUCGAUGCUGCUUGGAUGCGAAUCGUGGAGUGGAACCCCCAUGCAAGCAUGUUCCGUCUCGAUAACCUUCGAGAUACUACAAGUUCGCUUCGCAGCUUCUUUUCGAAAUUCACCGGCCAAGGUGGACCUGAGAAGCCCGGGAAUACCCAGCAAGCUGAGAAGCCCGACGAGACCACUAAUAUGACCGCAAUGCUGAAGGCAACCGUGUUUUUGCAUAUUAAUACUGCAUCCAUCCAACCUUCAAUUAGUAGUUCCCUGAGCAAAGAGCUUGAACGGGCUACGCGGAAGCCGCCUCCAAAACGAGCAACUAUUGCCAUAUUGACCCCGUCCUAUGAUGCCAACAUUGCAACAGGCGCGUCCGAAUCGCAGUCCGAGAUUCUUGCCUCCAUUCUACCCACAAAAGCAGGAAGGAUCUUUAUCGGCUUCCCGACCCAACAGACAACGGGCCUCAAUGCUCACGUGUCCGCCCCAUCAGUGAUCCCUACAGUCGAGCGUGAAAGUAUCGACCUUAACACUCGAUAUAUCAGUAAAUGGAAUCUUGAAAUGCUACGGGCCGUCGGUGUUGUCUGUCGGAUUGCCUGGUCUGCAGAGAUGAGUACCAUCAAGUCCAAGCUGGCGGCCAAAGUUGGCCCGGCCCGCUCUUCAAAUAUCCGAAAAGAAGACAUUGUGGAUGUUCUACCGGAGGCUAUUCAUACAGCAAAUCAGUUUGUCUUCCGCGAAUCUACACCGUCUUCAGUCCUUGGACAAACAAUUGAGGAUGCGUUCUGGAUGUGCAACAAAAAUGCCUCCAUCGAGGUUCUAUCUACAUGCGGUGUCAUCCCCAGCCACCAGACACGCAUUGCUCCCAAAGAUCUCAGCUUUAUGGAUUCGAUUCCAGCUUUGCCUGAUGAACUUGUGCUCAAUGCCAAGGACUUUGUUCAGAGAUUAACAGACUUUGGAUUAGUCACAGAAAUCACAGUGUCUGACAUCAAGCGUGAAUUAGAGUCCAGCACAUUACGAUCCAAUCAGAUCAUGGAGUUUCUGACCUGGCUGGGUCGAAAGAUUGUUACCGGGCAGCUUGACAGGCUUUCAGUCCAAAGCCUCCUGCGAGUUGCAGUGGCGAAUGAUGAAGACAAAGAAGGUCGCCCUACACGGUUGAUUGUGUUUGCCGACAUUAUAGGGUUCUUGAACCCUCAGCGCGUUCCGGCUGAUUUGCCUGUGCCAUCAUCGGUGAUGCCCUUCCAGUUCACCAAAAAUUUGAGUAAACAGGAGCUGGAAGCGUUAGGCUGGGUUGAGCUGCAAAUUGUUCCCUGGCUCCGUUGGCUGGUGAAAAAUGCUAGAGAUGAGAGUCUUUUUGAGAAAGACCAAAACAUCUUGAAAAGCGCCGCAUUUGCUGGCCAAGUCUUACCCGUUUUGUCCAAGCAGUGGGAAAGCCUGAGCUCCUCUUCGAAGCAACAAGUAAUCGAUACCCUGCAAGGUCAAACAGUGAUCCCGACCAAAUUUGGCAUGAAGCAACCCACACAGACUUAUUUUGCCUCUGUACGCCUUUUUGAUGACCUCCCGGUCGUGCAUGGCCUUAAUGGUGUUAAGGAGAAAUUCUUGGUGUCACUUGGCGUUCGCAAGACCGUUGAGCUUGGCGUUAUAUUUGAUCGUCUGAUAAAUACACCUGAACCUGUCGACGCAAAAGGGCCCCCGACCAGGAGAUGGAACCAUGUGGAUCUCAUCCGCUAUCUGACAUCUGUGCGCGAGGACAUUCCUUCCAAUGAUAUUCAAAGACUUAAGGACACAAGCAUUUGCACCUCUGAGAAUGAUGGUGAAAGCCGAGGCACUCGCUACAAGAUUUCGGAAUUGUUUGAGCCCAAGGACUCUCUUCGUACGUUGGGUCUCCCUAUCAUCGACUGGCCUGGUAUAUACGACAACUCCAGCAAGGAAGGCAAAUUUCUCACGAUGAUGGGGUUAAAGAGCUAUCCAUCCGGGUCUGAACUCAUCCGGCUCAUGGUAUUGAGCGAUUCGGAGAAGGAUUCCGGUCGAAAGAGCAAGGCCUUGACUUACUUCCUCAACGAAUACCAUACCAAUGGAUAUGAUUCGUUUGACAUCAGUGCAGUCACCGUGCCCUUUCUUCCAGUUGAAGGCUCGGAGAGACUUAGCACGCCAAAGAAGUGCUUCACCGACGAAGGUGCGUCGUUGUUUGGCUUCAGCAUUCUGCAAAAACGACUGCAUCCACAUGCCUCCAAAUUAGGGGUCAAACCUCAUCCUCCCAUGUCGGACUGUCUUCAGAUUCUUGUUCGCCAGCCUUCGGCGACCCAAAGGGAUGCUAGGGUGAUUUUCAAAUAUCUGGCAGGUAGAGUGUCGGAUUUGAGUCCCCAGGAUAUCGAACGGGUUGGAAAUGCACCGAUUGUUCCAGUUUCCACAAACAGUCAAACGGAAAAGGCCCCCCGCACGCGCUUUGUUGCGCCGCAACUUUGCUAUCUUGGUGACGGAGAGGAUUACAAAGACAUUUUUGAUUUUGUUGACUUUGGGCGAGACGCUAACCUCUUCCUCAUGGCUGUGGGCUCGAGGCGAGAACCGACCAAGACUGAGAUCGCCCGCAUGUUGGUCAAGGAGCCCGCUCGUAUUUCGGCGGCAUUCCAGAGCUCUGAUAAAUAUCUGAUGCUUCUACGAACUCUUGCCGAGCAUCUCACUGUCCUCAAAAAGGACCGAGAUCUGUUUAAUGAGAUGAAAAGGGCCAAAUUUUUGCUGGCCAGUCGUGACAUUCCUCCCCAGGCCACAGCACAGAAUGGCAUGGCCAGAUUGAGCCUGAAAGAGAUCCCGAAUGCGGACGAAGAUCUGGAUAUCAGAGAAUGGAGUCUCUCGGCUGCGAAAGAUAUUGUGGUUGUGGAUGACUUCCAAAGCUUCAAUCUCUUCAAAGAGCAUAUUUUUGCUGCGCCACAAGAGGAGGCUCUCGAGAAUUUCUAUGUGGCUCUCGGCGCCGUUCCCCUGAGCAGUCUUGUUGAGGAACAGGCACGAUUUGGCGGCAUCGCGGCUGAUCAGAGUUUGGGCGUCAAGUUGCAUAAAGUUAUCAUCGAACGUGCACGGCUAUUCCUGCAUGAUCAACCUGCGGACUCAAUUCAGCAUGGAGCGAGAUGGUUGGAGACCAGUUUUGCCGUGCAAGUGGUCAACUCGAUCACACUUACACGUUCCUUGAAGGGUCGACGGGCAUCUCACACCCAGAAGCGAAGUGCGAUUGCGGCUCGAUUGGCGAGCAACUGGGGGUUGUGCAUCUGUCCGGGCAAAUAUGAUCUGUAUGAAAUCAGUCAAUCUCUCGUCCAUCUGAUCCUCAAACGGCCAAAGCUCCACUCCACCCUGACUCUGGAAAUGCUGUUGAAGACUGAUCUCCUCGAACUCCGUGCUCGUGGCUACAAUGUGGAGCGCAUCCUCCGACAAAAGGCACAAGAGGCCCGAAUGGCAGAGGACAAACGGCAAAAGCAGGUGGAGGAGGAAAGGCAGGCCUUGCAAGAGAAAGAAGCCGCCUGGGCUGAGGCUCAAGCGCAGCGAGCCCAAGAAGAGAAGCCUGAGUCGAAAUCACAGUCCGUUAUGCCUGGGGUCUUUCCUGAGUCACCUAACGGCAAGACCUCUGUGGAUGAGAGACACCCAACGCCCUCGGAACCUCUCAUCCCCGAGAGGACGCCUCGCGGCUUGUUCGCAAACCUCUCAAAACGAUUUGGCCUGGACAAAAACACAUCAGGCUCAACCUCUGGCGUGAACGAGCAGUCUCGCCCUUUGCUCCCCGAGCCUUCCACGCCUCCGCCACCGCCGUAUUCUUCCUCAGAUCCCCCGAACCAACGCCCGGAGCAGCCGGUUUCUGUAAGUUCUCCGCAUCGAUUGAAUCAGCAACUCCUGUCGGCCGUCCAGGCCUGUCAACCCCAUGGAUCAUCCGACGUGUACAGCCGGCCGGAGACAAAUCAAAUCUCGGAAAGCAAGUCUUACUGUGAUGAACGACCGAGCCACGAUUUGGAAUUUGUGGCCACCCUUCCUAGCGGUGUCAAUGUAUUGUUUGUUAGGACCAUCACCGAUCGGUCUGCAUUCCUGGCAAACCACCGAGCCAGUAUCAAUCUGUUCGCAUCAGUUCUCCUGGAUUGCGGCUCCAUAUUCUCAAUGCGUGCCGACAGCUUGAGCAUCUUCUACGAUCCUGGGGGCAAGACCAUCGCCUUCAACCGGGCCGGCAGCAUCUUCUGCAAUUUCUUCUAUUUCCAGCAGUUGCAGGAGCAAUCGCUCCUCCAAAGCGCGAACCCAGACCGUACCGAUGCGAUUGUAUACUGGUGGGUGAUUCUGUGUCACGAACUGGCCCACAAUCUUGUGGGCGACCAUAGCUCCGCGCACAGCUACUACACCGAAGGCUUCGUGGCCCAGUAUUUCCCUAGGGUGGCCGCCAAGCUCGCCACUCUUCCGGCAGCUGCUCCCGCGCAAGCGCCUAGUCCGUAA